AUGGUGGAAGAAGGACACGUGUUAAGGGAGAUAUGCGGUGGCCACAGUGGUUGUGAGUGGUGGCAUGAAUCCGAGUUUAAAGUUGUUUUCUUGUUCCUCAAAGCAUACACUUGUCGUUCAGAUUUUGAAGAAUCUAGUUGGGUUGUCCUCAUCGUACAGAGUUAUUCAGUGUUCGAGUGA